AUGGCCGCCGCCAAGCGUUACGCCACCUAUCCCAGCCUUGAAGACCGAGUCGUCCUGAUCAGCGGCGGAGCAUCGGGCAUUGGCGCGGCCCUCGUCGAAGCUUUCUACAAGCAAGGCUCGACUGUAGUCUUCAUAGACAUCGACGAUGGUGCUGCCAACAAGCUGAUCGAUAUUCUGACCACCGCCAGUAGCAGCCACACCGACGAAAAGGAGAGACUCGUAUACCGACAUUGCGACCUCACCGACCUCCCAGCCCUCGAGAAGACCGCCAAGGACAUCCUAGCCAAAUUUCCAACAAUAUCAGUGCUCAUCAACAACGCAGCCUUUGACAAGCGCACCGCGACCAAAGACGUGACACCAGAAUUCUUUGAUUCACAGAUCGCGGUCAACCUCCGGCAUUUCUUCUUCCUAACCCAACACAUCGCCCCUUCCAUGAUCGCUGCCAAAUCGGGCUCAAUCAUUAACUUCGGAAGCAUCAAUUGGGUCGUCAAGUCCGUCGGGAUGCCGCUGUACACGACCUGCAAAGCGGCCGUCGUGGGAUUGACGCGGACCCAUGCUCAUGAAUAUGGGGAGCAUGGUAUCCGAGUCAACAGUAUCAUGCCGGGAGGCAUUGCAACGGAGCGGCAGGAGCGGGACAACUGGGGGCCGGAUGCGAAACCGUGGAUGUUGACGCAGCAGGCGUUGAAGUACACGAUGAUGCCGGAUCAUGUAGCGAGGCUGGCGUUGUUUCUGGCGGCAGAUGAUAGCGAUGGAAUUAGUAACCAAAGUUAUCGGGUCGAUGGUGGCUGGACUUGA